UCAACAGCCAAAGGCAGGCAAAGACAGACCGAGUGGAGCUCUUGCAGUUUUCUAAUCCCAGGUUUAUCAGGUCUAGAGGAAGGUGGAGUAGCACCAUUGCAGCUGAGAGGAAGCCCUGUCUGAUUACUGCUUCUGCUGCUGCCGCAACCACUACCACCUCAGACGCCUCAGUAAUAGAGGAGAGCAGAACAGGACAACUGCUAGGAAAAAGUGUGCGUUGGAGAGUUGGAUCCAAGAUGGAAUUGAAGCUCUGAGCUGCAGUGCAAUCGAAGUUCCUGAGAACCUCACAGUUUCUUCCAUCUAGGUGUCAUGUCCGAACAGGCAGUUGCUGUGGCUGGUGGAGUGGUAACUGGACUUCUGCUUCUGGUCCUUUUGGGGAUAGCUGCCUACCUCUUCUGGAAGAGCAAAUAUCUCAAGGCCUCUUAUGAAGAACUGACUGAUCCGGUCACCUCAAUUUGCAAGAGCCAGAUGUUUGCUCAAUCAACCUUGGUUCCUCCUCAAAAUGCCAGAACAAAGAGUGUUCCUUUCAUUGUCCCACCCAAAUUUCACCGACAAGGGUGGACCGAUAUGCUAAGCGGAGAACCAAUUCAAGAGGAGAGCGAGCUUUAUGUGACCCCAGACUCUGGACCCCGAUCCUCUUUCCAUUCUUUAGCUGGAGCGUACCUUGUAGGGACCAUAAAUCCAGAACUCUACCGCUUUCCAGAAGACAAGAGUGAGACGGACUUUCCAGAAGGAAACAUUGGUCGGCUUUGGUUCUCCGUGGAAUAUGAGAAAGAGUCAGAAAGGCUCCUGGUGUCCUUGAUUAAAGCCCGAAAGCUGCAGCCUCCUUCUGGUUCCUAACCCUUGGUGAAGAUCUACCUGCUCCCUGACGAGAGGCGUUACUUGCAAUCUAAAACAACACAAAAAUCCAAUCCUCAGUUUGAUGAGAAUUUUGUGUUCCAGAUUUCGAGCACUGUUAUAUUUCAGAGGACACUGAAGUUCUGUGUCUAUCAUGUUGACAAGCAGAAGAAGCUCAUUCUCCUGGGCCAAGUGGUCUUCCCACUGAAAAAUGAAACUUUGGCUGAAGACGGGAAGGUUGUUGUCUGGAGGGAUUUGGAACCAGAUAAUCUGGAGCCACCUUCUGAACAUGGCGACUUGCAGUUCUCCCUCAGCUACAAUGACUACCUGGCCCGGCUUACAGUGGUGGUUCUGAGAGCACGAGGUUUAAAGCUCCAGAAUGAGAGAAACAGCACUGGGGUGUGUGUCAGAGUGUCACUAAUGAACCACAACCAGCUCAUCAAAAGCAAAAGGACCACAGUAAUCAUUGGAUCCUCCAAUCCAUUAUACAAUGAAACUUUUAGCUUCAAGGUGGAUCAGCUGCAGCUGGACGCAACCAGUCUGAGCUUGUCUGUUAUCCCAGGGGAUGAGACCUCCUCCCUGGGCUGUGUGAUUGUGGGGCCCUUCAUGUACACCCGGGGAAAGGAACUCGAACAUUGGAAUGAGAUGAUCAGUAAACCCAAGGAGCUGGUGAAAAGAUGGCACGCUCUGUCACUUAGCAGCUGAAAACUCUCACAAGAGAGCUUCUGUCUCCGCAGUGGCUCCAUUCUGAUUCAGUUCAUCACAGAAGUUCUGAGUCCCAGGGAUCAAAGACAAGGGACAACCUUUCUCAAAGAGGCUGGAUCACAUGCUAGUAGAUUAUCUCAGAUGACCUACUGAAUGAAAACAAGAAGCCUGUUUGAUCCUUAAACAGAGAAACAUCUGCUGGACACCUUGCUACUUUUAUCAUAACUGAUAUUUGAUGGCCUUUACACCAAAGCUCUGUAAAUUAGUAGUAUAAUACACCCCUAAGUAUAAUUCAUAGCUGAAAUCAAGGGGUUUAAGAUUACUUAUGUAAGGGCAGUUUUAUUUUAAACCCCAGAAAAAUUACAGUGUACUUGCCGACAAAUUACAGACAACCUUUCAAAGAACUAUUCUAAAAUAAUACUGCAGCAUUCCUGUUGAAAACAUAACUAUUGAACCAAAUGAAAUAAAUACUCUUAGUUCAUUUUAGUCAUGUGUUUAUUUAGUCCUAACUCAGAGCAGUGGCUCAGUGUGGUUAUGAUAGUGAGGACGCUGGGCUUGUUGGCUGGAAAACUGGCAGUCCUGGUUGGAGAUCUGAGCUGCACGCAACAAGGUGAGCUCCCUUUCCUUGCUCAGCUCCUGCCAAGCUAGCAGUUUAAAAGCAUUGAAAUGCAAGUAGAUAAAUAGGUAUCACUUGACUAGAAAAGGUAAUAGCACUCUGUGAUGUCAUGCUGGCAACAUGACCUCGGAAAUGUCCUCGGACAGUGCUGUGGCUCAAUGGCCUUGAAACAGAGAUGAGCAUUGCCCCCUAGACUCAGCAAUAGCUAAUUGAGUAAAAUCUUCCCCUCUCCCAUGGAAAUUUGCUGUCUAAAAUAUUCUACAACUUAUUAUUGUUCUUCUUGGGAACAGACUUGUAAGAUCUCAUAUAGGAGUUCAGUGAUUAUCAAUAAAGAAUUGAAUCACCAUGCAGAGUCAGAAAGAAAUAAGGGUCGGCUAGCUAUUUUAGUGAGCAUAAAUAUUCUAGCUAUCUCCAUGAUGAAGAAUGAUUGCAGGAAUUGGGUUUGUCUAGUUUAUGGAAAAAAAUAGCAGGGAUGAUAUCAGUCGAAAAGGGGGGUCAACCUCUUCUCCAAAGCACCUCAAGACUGAACAAAAAGCAAUGGAUGGAAACUAG